UUGCAAAAGCGGAGGCUUCUGUACCAAGCCAAAUGCACCACCAGCAGCAUCAAGAACCACCAGCAGCUAUGACAUCUCCAUCUCUAUGAAACGUGCCUUCUCUGCAAACCAUGGGAGGGAUCAUGUGCGGUGCUGCAAAAGGAAACUUGAUUUAUUCUGUUUCCAUCAUCUUGCUUUGGCUGAGGCAGUUGCCAGCUGAGGAGUCAGGCUGGGCAGGGACAUGGAAUGCAGUUCACUCCCAGGUGCACCAUGAAAUCAUAAUACCUCAGUGGCGAUCAGAUGGAGGCUCUGGCAAUGAUAAGCACCCACCCAGAGCGGAAGUAGAAAUAACAGCUGAAGGAAGAAACUUCAUCUUGGAUGUUGAGAAGAAUGAGCACCUCUUUGCACCAGGCUAUACCGAAACACAUUAUACUAAGAACGGAACUCCCCACACUGUGACUUUGAACAACACAGAUCAUUGCUUUUACCACGGUACUGUGAGAGAGGUAGAAGACUCAAGUGUGGCACUCAGCAUAUGCAAUGGUCUACGUGGCCUUAUAGUACUGAGCAACAACCUCAGUUAUAUCUUGGAACCACUGCCUCAUAGCCAAGAGCAACACUUGAUCUACAGGUCUGAACAUCUCAAGGUUGCCAGGGGUACCUGUGGAAACCAGCAUUCAGGAUCAAAGGCUAUGGAUUGGCUUGGAGAGUUGACAAGGCCAGGCGGGUCCAGUUAUCGCAGGGUGAAGAGGGAUGACCAACAGUCUAUGAAAUAUGUGGAGCUCCUUCUAGUGGCUGAUUAUGCAGAGUUUCAGAAGCAUAAUUAUGAUCUUCAAGCAACCAAAAAUAAGUUACUGGAAGCUGCCAAUUAUGUAGAUAAGUUUUACAAAUCUCUGAACAUACGGGUUGCUCUGGUUGGGCUUGAGGUUUGGAAUGACCACAAUAAGUGUGACAUCUCUGAGAACCCACAUUCGACCCUGUGGUCUUUUCUUGCUUGGAGGCGUAAGCUGCUUAUGUACAAAAAGCAUGACAACGCCCAGCUAAUCACUGGGAUGUCCUUCCACGGUACUACAAUUGGCUUGGCCCCCUUGAUGGCCAUGUGUUCUGUCUACCAGUCUGGAGGAGUGAAUAUGGAUCACUCUGAAAAUGCCAUUGGAGUUGCUGCCACCAUGGCCCAUGAGAUGGGGCAUAACUUUGGCAUGAGCCACGAUGCGGCUGGCUGCUGUACGGCCAGCGCUAGAGAUGGAGGUUGCAUCAUGGCUGCUGCGACAGGGGACCCAUUCCCCAGGGUAUUCAACAGAUGCAAUAUGAAGGAGCUGGACAGGUACCUGCAGUCUGGUGGAGGGAUGUGUCUUUACAAUAUGCCAGAUACCAAGACCUUAUAUGGAGGACAGAGAUGCGGAAAUGGCUACCUGGAAGAAGGGGAAGAAUGUGACUGUGGAGAAGAAGAGGAAUGUAAUAAUCCUUGUUGCAAUGCCUCUAAUUGCUCUCUGAAGCCUGGUGCUGAGUGUGCCCAUGGAACUUGCUGUCACCUCUGCAAGUUGAUUUCACCAGGGACUCUUUGCCGGGAACAAGCCAGACCUUGUGACCUGCCAGAAUACUGUACAGGCAAAUCCCCGUUCUGCCCUGCAAACUUCUACCAACAGGAUGGCACUCCUUGUGCGAGUGGCAGGGCGUAUUGCUACAGCGGAAUGUGCCUCACGUACGAACAGCAGUGCUUGCAGCUCUGGGGAUAUGGAGCAAGGCCAGCACCUGACAUCUGCUUUGAGAGGGUUAAUGCUGCUGGCGAUUCCUAUGGGAACUGUGGGAAAGAUAUCAAUGGCCGGUACAGGAAGUGCAAUUUAAGAGAUGCUAAGUGUGGCAAGAUACAGUGCCAAAGUUCUGCUUCCAAGCCUUUGGAGUCCAAUGCUGUUGCAAUUGACACGACUAUCACAUUAGACGGAAGGAACAUAUUCUGUCGUGGGACUCAUGUAUACCGAAAUGAAGAUGAAGGUGACAUGUUAGACCCAGGCCUUGUGAUGGCAGGAACAAAGUGUGGUGACAGUCAUAUUUGCUUUGAGGGGCGCUGUAGAAACACCUCCUUCUUUGACACUGGAGACUGUGGGAAGAAGUGCAAUGGCCAUGGAAUUUGCAACAACAAUCAGAACUGCCAUUGUUUCAGUGGAUGGGCACCUCCCUUUUGCAAUAAACCUGGGAAUGGAGGAAGCCUGGACAGUGGGCCCAUGCCUCAAAAAAGUCCUUUCCCAUUCAUAAUAGGAGUCCUUUCCAUCUUGCUUUUGAUUGCAAUUGGAGUUGCUUUUUGCUGCUAUAAAUGGAGAGCCAGGCUUGUGCCACUAAAGCAGGCUUUCAUUCCUCCAAAGAAAAUGCAGCAGUUCAGCAGUACCUCUCCUCCCAUUCAGAGUGGUGUCACUGGGCAUGCCAACCCAGCCUUCAAGCUGAAAACCCCCCAGGAACAGAGAAAGGCUAUUGGCAUACAGAAUAUCCCUCCAAAGCCUGAAGUGCUCUACUGUGAACCACCUCCAGAACUCAAAAUUCAUGUGCAACCACCACCACCACCACCACCACCACCACCACCACCUGUUCUCCUAGCUAGCAACACAAAGAAACCUCCCUUUCUCGGGUAUCAGAGUGAGGCAAAUAAUUUCCCCAAGCGAACUCCUCCAAGCAGGCCAGCGCCACCAGCACCAAAAGCCAUUGUUUCUCAGGAUUCUUCCAGACCACGACCACCUCAGAAAGCUCUUCCUGCUAAUCCAGUUCCUGCCAGCAACAGAGCUGGGUUGCCCAGGAUGAAUGCAGCAGUACCACCCUCCCACAGUGCUGUAAGGAAUACGGGAGUACACCAGGAGAAUUCAGUCAUGAAGAAUGCUGAAGCUGUGAAUACCCUGAAGUUUAGACAUUGAAGGUCAUCUUGAAACUCUGAACUCCACACUGGUUCCUCCUGCUUUGACCUGGGAUUUCCCACAGGCUUUGUUUCCAGGAAGAAGACAUGCUGGGCAUGUGCAAAUCUCAACUUCCUCCCCACCCCCCAGCCUUGUAUGACUAGCCGAGACCAAUUUCAGGUCUGGUUCUAGCAACCUUGGCACAGGUAGAUGCCACACCCUUGGACGUCAGUGGGGAUCCUAUCCAUGCAUGCCGAGGUUAAUGUGACCGGCUUUGCCUUUUGGAUAUUUGUUCAUUACAGGAGUUACUUGUAUAAAUAGCACUGGUGUGUUAUAGUGCAAUAUGCAAUGUGCCGGAACGGAAGUGGGAGAAGCCUCUAUUUCUCCCAGCAAUUCAUUAUUGCCUCAACAGAAGACAAAUGUAUUUUAGUCAACACCGAGCCACCGCAUCCUUCUCAUCUUUUCCAGCUUGGAUACAACCACAGACAAUCCUAUGGGGAAGAGAGUGUUGUGAUGCCCCUGUUAUGACCUCAUCUCCUCCAAAGUACUGUAUGGAGACGUAGUCUGAUCUUGUGGAAUUUUGCUUUGUUUUGUCAU